AUGGGCUUGGUGGAAAGCUCUCCUCUUCCCAAAUUGAAUUUUGAAUGGAUUGGCUUUCAAACGCAAAUUCCUUGCGAAUACACUUGUUUGUUCGUUUAUACCAGUGGCUGCAUCGUUAUCAUCGAAGAUCUUCAUGAUGGCAAACAAAAACAUCUCAUGCAACAUUUUGAAGAGAUUUCCACGAUAGCUCUUCAACACGAUGUUCAGGUUCUUGCCUCGGCAUGGGGGUCCUCGAAGACGGUGGCGUCAUGCAUUUGUAUCUGGGAUAUUGCAUCUGGUGAUUGUAAAAAGAUGCUGACAUAUCACUCCUAUGAGAUUGUUGGCCUUCAUUUCUCAAGAGACGAUCGUUUUCUGAUCUCAGUCGGAGAUUACAGGGAGUGUUCCGUGGUAAUAUGGGGUACUAAGGACUACAAUGUACUCACAUCGUCCUAUACUAAAACUCCAAUCCAUGACAUCGCAUGGGAUCCUUGUACGAUGAACGAGUUUGUGUCGGUCGGACAAGAUGGUCACGUGCUGUUUUGGUUACUGGAAGAAUCUCGUGGAUCUUUCAACUUGAAUGUUUGCGAAGGGAAAGUUCCCGAUGAUUUGUUAUACACUUCAAAGCAGAAUGACUCCAUGGUACAUUUUACAAGUGUCGGCUAUGCUGGUGAUAAUAUGCUAUAUAUAGGCAAUAAUGCUGGAAUUAUAUCCGCUUGGGAUACAAGACAAAACAAGUGUUUUAUGCACUGGCUUUCUGACGAUUCUGAAAUCGAUGUAAUUGUUUGUCAUCGUGGCUCGCUGAUUACCGGAAGCUCAUCGGGGCAUCUUCGUCUUUGGUCUGUUGUAGGCGUUGGAGAGAUGAGAUUGCCCGGAGAGAAUGAUGUGUAUGUUUCUUUUCAGUUAUUUUUUUUUCAUGAUAAUUAUCACGCAGACACUAAGGGGAAAGUUUUCAACUUAGAAUUGCCGAAAUAGUUCAAUUGUGUUGUGAUAACUUUGCGU